GUCGAAGACGAGACAACUGAUCAGGCUGAAGGUCCCUUCUCCUGUAUUGCUAUCGUUCUCUUUACUUGUAUCCUCUAUAACAGUGCUUGUAUCUAUCUUGAACGAUAUUAAUAUGUUUAAUUCCCUAGUAGUAGAAGUACCUGUAUGGAUGCACAGCAAUCUUGUCUUUGCUUCUUUUGUACAGCGACGAAUGUUUUACCCUGUUCCAGUCAGAAAGCAAAGUACAUGAAUGUAUGUGAUCAAUGAUAGUGAUAGGCUCAGGAUAAGAGAUAGACAGGAUGUCGUUGUCAAAUGAGUAAUCUCUUUAGCCCAUAUGAAGAACUACUAUGAUUCGUAGAAUAGAACAUAAGCAAUGAAUGAUGUUGAUGAUGUCGUUCCGUCGUUGUAAUCCGGAUCUAACCACAUGUCCUGACUCCGUGCCUUUGCCUCGGCGUGUAUAGUAAUGACGAUGGCGGGGCAUCGUCUGUCUUACUUGGUUUUUCAGCUUGAGCGAGUACUGGUUUGACGAUCUGUUGCCACCGUUUCUUCGCGGGUGCUCGCAUUCUAGGAUUUUGUGUGGCUUCCUCAAGGUCCAUUGAGUCGCGGUUUUCUGCGAACGAAGCUGGUUUCUUGAAUGCUUGAAUUGCUGAUCUGACGAAUUGUUACCAGGGACUUUUUCACUCCGGUAUUGGUGCUGCGAUGUUGAACUUCUCUGCGAAGGAAAAAAAUUUGUAUCUUCCAGAACGACGUGAGCUGGGUUUUCACCGAGAUACUCUCUUACAGCUCGAGCUCUUACCUGGAGAUUCUAGCAGCUGGUGAGCGCAAACUGGCAGAGUAGUCGCUAGAGCGAAACGCGAAUUUGAAGGGUAUUGCGAUUCAUCGCGAGAUCACGACUACUUGAAGAUGGCUGCCGAGGGAGGACAGGAUGGCGGUGGCCGUUUUUCAAAUUUCGCGCGACGUUGGAGGAUAGAAUAUUCAGCGGACACACUUGAAGGCAUCGCGAGUUUUCGAGAGGAUCCACGACCCAAGCCUUGGCUAACAGCUACACCUGUAGUUCCAGAUCCAGCGUCAUUUAUGACACCAAUAAAUCAAUCCCAUAGUUACUUUUUUUUAAUGACGUUCAUACAUCUUCUUGCAGUUUUUAUUUUUUGCACUAAGCUGACUGCAAAGCUGCUUUUGUAGUUCUAUGUUCGUCUCGAUCUCGUAGGUGGUUAGUAAGAGUGACCACUUGCGAUGCCUUGGUGAUGUUGAUCGAAACUUCCCAAGAUAGAACAUAGAUUCUGGAAGACAGAGAGGAAUAAGAAGUGGAACUAUAGAGAACACCAGAUACACAAUGAACCGUAGUUCUAAGUUGUCACGCAGCAGCUACGCAGCAUUUUCGCAAAAUGCAAGCGGUACGGGGCAAGGUCCGGCACCACAGACGAAAGGGGUACCGCAGGUGCUGCAACGUUCAAAAACUGCGACAUCUAGCAACGACGGUUCUGGAGUAAGUCAGCUGGCAUCUGCAACGGAGGCAACCGAACGGUUGAGAGCAUGGCUACUGCAGAUGCAGGGGAAGGUUCGGAAAUUUGUGGACGCACGCAAGCAAGGGCGAUUGGCGCAGAGGCACGCAGCGGAGGAGUUUGAUCCUGUAAAUAUCCUCAGUGGAAUUGGGAUAGAAGUCAAUAUCCAGCGCGUCUUCCAGUUUGCACAGUUGCGGCCCCUCAUAUGCAAAACCUUCAUCCAAAUUCUCUCCUGUCUCGAGGAGGACGUGUGUGGGAAUCUUAGAGUACUAAGGAUGAAAACCGCCCUUUUUAUAUAGUUUGGAAAAAAAAUUUCUUGUCAGCGAGCAGCGCCAGGGCCACUGUCAUACAUGAUUUGUUACCUGCUUCAUCGUUAUCGCGUUGCUUAUGCACAGCUUCUGGAUAUCCGCCACGACUACGAGAGUGGUCCAUUUCCCAGCAUACUAGCAUCUUGUUUGCGAAAUUAGCAAUGCUUUUAUGGAAAUACUUCAGGUUGAGGCUUAUUCGAUUGGGGCGGUGCGGUUGAUUGAGAAUAUCCUGUAUGUCCUCGUUGCCACCUACACGCCAGCGUACCGCGUGCCAUUGCAACGGGUGCUCAGAAUGUUGGUCUACACACGAUGUGUGCCGCAUAUUGCCCGGAAUCGACUCGAGGUGGCCGAGUUUUUCCUGAAACGUGGUAUGCAAAAAUUGCUGCGAGAUGGUGCCAAGACAGGGCCGCCUCCGCAAGAACAGGAAGGUAGUGGUAAAACUAUAGAGGAGGGGAAGAAGUUGAUGGAAGCUAGGUGUUAUGUAGCAGGUAGCGGAACCGAACUAGCCGCGUGGGAUCCAGUUGAGGUCAUAGCGCAAUGGCGACUUGCGAGCGAAUCGAGCGAGACAGCGGGUGCUCUAAAUGAGUUCAGUCUCACUCUGCCUGCAAAAAAGGUGCUUGCGAGGAAGCCAAGGGAAAAGCCGAGCACCACGACGGACGCUGAUGGCGGUCAGACUGCAUCGAAAGCAGGCGAUGAAGCCAAUCAAGGCGAUGAUAAUGGAGCCGCAACAAGCGACGAGGCAUGUGCUCGCGAAGAGCGAGCGAAUACUAGGGAAAUUAAUAACGCGUCGCGGGAUCGAUUUCCCGCGGUUCCAAGAGGUCGCGCUCGGAACGAGUGGUGGGCCAAGUGGCGUUAUCAUUUCACAACACUCAUCCAGAAGGUGCGCUCGGGGAAUUUUGAACCACCCGGACGAGUUUCCUCUGAUCAAAAAGAUAGAGCUGCUGCUGGAGCGGAAGGUGGAGUUCAUCCAGCUACGACUGGAGGAGUGCAAAGUACGUUGGAGGCUGCGACGGCAACAAGGGCAGCAUUCGCCGAACAGCAGUUUGCGCGUCUAGAGACGAGGGUUCUCGGACCGGACGGCGACAUCAUUCAUAUUCGCCCGCAUGUUAAGUACUCAGGAGGAGCACCAGGCCAAGGGCAAACCAGCAGCAUUGCGGCGGGUGCAGCAACUACGGGAGCACCAGAAGGCGACCCAAGUAGCCAAACAGCAGCAGCAGCAGAGCCAGCAUCCUCUUCCGGGGCAACCGAGCCGGCUUCCACGACUAGCGUCCGUGAACUGGAGAGAAUAGUCGAGGAUCCCGAAUAUUUUUUAGAUGAACUCGCAGAAAUGAGCGCGAUGGAUGAGGUGAAGGAAGCGGUGAUGUUGAAUUUGUUUCAGACGAAGGUCCAGCCUCUCGUUACGAAGGUCUGGGGAAAAGACGACGCCUCCAUCGACCUAUUCGGCAGCAUUGUCUCCGGCUUCGUGACCAAAAGCAGCGACCUGGAUUGUGGUACAACUCAGACUUGCAAACCAACGUUCUUUGAUGACCUCGAUGAAGUUUAUGUACGACUUCUACAACUCGAACUCAUUCAUGUUAGGCUCCACUAUUCGACGAUGAUAUGAGAUGGACUGCUGAACACUUGUUCUUGACCUCAAUGUUUUCGCUAAGGACUCAUGCCUUGCAGGAGUAUCCACGAAACGUAGUCGCGGGAAUUAACAUUAGAUGCUAGUUUUCUCUGUUUGAUGUCAUGAAAACUACAAUCAGGAAUUCGUUUUUCGCGAGAGGUAGAGGCCGGCCUAGAACGUGAGGCGUUCUGGUGUGACUGGAGACGGGGUCUCACUGUGCAGAUAGCGAAGCUUCGAGAAACAGCGGAGGAGACAGCACGUGUGUCUUCAUCGAGUGCAGCAGGAGGGGAUGCGUUAGAACCGACUUCUUCGCAUACUGCGGGAGGCGACGCAGCCGCGGAGCAGCCGCAUGCUAAUCCCGUUCCUAUCGCCACCGACCAGGGACAGCAGAAGAUGUUCGACUUUAUGAGCAUAACGCGUGGUAACCUAGUCGGAUUACGGAAGUUGGCACCAGUGCUAGAGGCGGCCGGGUUCGAAGUGGAGCGCGUAGAGAAUGCACGCAUUCCACUGUUGAGGUGCUCGGCGAAGUUGGUUGUUUCGCAACGAGUGUAUCGUGGAAGGCAAGGCGGUGGGGCCUCAGGGUCAGCGAACACGGAGCGAGCAGGAGAACCUUUGGCGGUGGAGGAAGAGACGAGCCUAGAAAUCAACUUCGACAUUAGCUGUGGGCAUGAGGUUGUCUUUGCGAACAGUCGCUUGCUGAGGCUUUACGCCGACGUGCACCCCAGUGUCAAAAAAUUAGCCCUGAUUCUAAAGCGGUGGGCGAAGGCUCGGGGAAUCAACGAUUCCUUGACCGGCACUCUUUCUUCGUACUCCUACGUUCUUCUGCUUGUUCACUUUUUGCAACGCUCCAACAUUUUGCCUGUGCUGCAACCGGGCAAGAACGCUCCUCACGCGGAGCUGCCGGUUGCAGCCAACCCGCAGCAGGUGGGCGGCAGAGGACACCACCAUCCUGCAGGAGGACAGCGAACUGGCGGAUCCGUGCCCUUGGCGCCUCCAGUGACAAUGGAUGACGGCGGCGCGGUCGUGCAGUACUUUGAUUGGCUCGCAGCAGGUUGGACCGUGGACCAGCUUCGCACUGCGUUCAGACUCCGAGAACCGCCUCCCCUGCUGGAGCUACUUGAAGAGUUCUUCUUCUACUACGCGUACGAUUUUGAUUUCUGGAUCCAAGUAGUGUCUGUGCGGGGUCGCUCCUUGAAAAAAGUAGACUUUUAUGGCAUACGGGAGGACGUGCGAACGGAAGCGGAAGAUGAGGAGCAGGACCGCAUGUGGAACUUGUUUCGGAAGAAAAGCUGGCUGUCUAUCGAAGAUCCGUUUGAAGUUGAUCGCAUCUUGGGCACAAACGCGAAAGGACAAGAGCGAUUGACGUAAUACUGAAAUGCCAUCAAUUUGUUUCCUGUUGAUCAUAACCACGUAGAAAAGUAUAAAUUGCGUUUGACACAGAUGCAGAAGAAGUAGUAGACCAAGAUCGGUGUCGUGAUUGGAAUUUCAUGUUGCACUGAGUGUGGUCCGGCGUAGCUUCCGCACAGGCAGGAUUCGGUAUCUAUAUAUAAUGAAUUUUAUUCUCGUCUUUUUCACAAAAAUUAAAAUACAGUUUCGAAUUGCGUCGUGGGUAUGAGCUCUGUCGAAAUGGGCGUCUAGCGAAGCUUGCCGUGAAUCCUUUCUUGCUGAAGCGAGUAGGCGAGCGAGACUUCGUGCAUCCGAUUCAGAAUCUCAUUUCGUAUGACAAGGACUACAAUUCUCCAAACUGGCUAGGUGAGUGCAGUGUCCAUAAUCGCGAUAAUGCUGCUACUGGAGCUCCUUUGCACAAGAGCAAGAGCGAGGGACGGAGACCUGGGUCGCAACAAAAUAGCGAUGGAGGUAGUAGGGACCAGAAUGAGAAGCAGAGAGAGAGACCCUUUGUUGAUGAGCCACCUGCGGAAUCAUAUUAUCACAAAGGAGGCGGCGCGCGGCGCGGGAAGGGUCAAAAGCAUGACCGACGGGACGCCGGUUUCGCGCAAAAGGGGAACGGCGGGAAGAAGCGCCAGAAUGGAGGACCAGAGACAGAGUCGUUUGCACCCGAUGCAAGAAACGCGGGAUCACCUAAGAAAUUUCCACACCAAGGUCAGAAACAUGGGACAAAAGGUGGUAAUGCUGAGCAAGAUGCCAACAACAACGUGUCGGCUACAAGCAAAGGUGGAAAUGGUGCUGACGAGCACGUAGCGAUGUAUGAAAUUCCAGGUUUCUCAAGAUGCAUCAAUAUGGGAGAUGGGAAAACCUACCACACUGACGAGGUGAAUUCGCGGAUGCACGAGCGCGCGCAACGGUUUGUGGAUCGAACAGAACAUGUGAUGGAUCUGCCAGGAGCGGAAAUACCACAAGCGCAAUCGGUGGAGCAUCUGUUAGCUAUGGCGGAAAAAGGAGGACGUGGGGGACCAAACCAGUCGUCGUUUGGAGACAGAAAUGAUUUUCCGCCUCCACCAGCAUCGCAUCAACAGCGUGUGCAGCAGCAGCCGAAUCACGUGAACCAUGUUUCUCCUCGACCAGACUACGCUUUGUUUACGAGUACCACUUCCGGCGGAGAGCCGAAAGGAAUGAUACAGCGCAGCGAGAACAAAGGCAAUAAAGAUGGAGGACAUCAACCGAUGAUGAAAGGGAGCCCACCGUCGAAUACGAUGCCGCCUUCUUACACAAUUGCUAGGCCACCAUUGGUCAGCGACAACGGAGCACCAGGCCCGCCGCCGUUUCUAACGCCGCAUACACGAGACCAGCUGCAUCCAGGUGCGAGGGAUAUGGGCAAGGGAAGCCUCGACUUCAGAAAUGUGCCACGACACGAAAUGAUGAAGGGUGGUAAAAAACCGGAUUUUUAUCCUGGUGAAAUGCCACUUCGUCCAAUGAUGCAGGCCUCUUCAUCAGAAGAAAUGGGAAUGACGAUGAACAAAGGAACUGGUCCUCGAAGGCCAGAAGAUUUUCCACCGCAGCACUUGGCCAACAAGGGGAACCACUCACACAUCAACAACAUGAGAAUGCCGCACCAACAGCUAGGACAGCCCAGUUCAGGGAAGCAGCCUCCGCCGCCGUGGGCACAACACCCUCCGCCUUUCACCGGCAUGAAAGGAAACGAGACGAAAGGUUUCGGUAUGCCGCCGCCGCCCAUGAACAGGGGGAUGCCGUCACCUAUGAAAAUGCCAGAUCACAUGCAGCAACGUGACGCGCAGCUGCAGGGUCCGCCACAAGGGCCUCAUCAAGGGGGACCACAUCCAGGAGGACCGUAUCCGCCAGGACGGCCACACUCCGGAGGGCCGCAUCUUGGACAGCACCCCGGAGGACUUCAUCAGGGGGGGCCGCCGCCAAUGGGAGACCCCGGACACCAUCAAAGAGGAUCUCCGCCCCCGAUGGAGCAGCGGCCAAAUUCUGGACCUUCGUGGUCGCAAUUUCAACCGCAGCAUCAGCAACAAUCUCAAGGAGCACAACUUCCAAAUUCUGGUCAGCAACAACAUUAUCCUCCUCAGAAUCUUCAAUAUCAGCAGCCUGGACUUCCCCCACCUCUGCUGCCUGCUGAAAACGGACGUCCAGGCGGGAAUGGGAUCCAUAAGGGUCCAAAUGCGAACCUCCAGGCGGCACCUCCAAUGGGAGCUCCAGGUGGGCCUCCCCCAAAUGGGAUGAACCUCGUGCAAGGCUAUGGAGGUCAGCAAAUGCAAAAUCAAAAAGGGAUGCCGCACUCCACAAACUAUACCGGAGGACCUCCUCCAAUGUCGCCAGGUCAUCCAAACGGCGGAUCCGCAUAUCCACGGCCCGGGAAUUCCCAACAACCGGGUGGUGAGUGGCGCCUUAUCAAUUCCAGCCGACCAUGAGUCUCAACUAUGAAUUUACCUAGUAUUGUUGAGAUGGUUACUACUACAAUAUUCUUUACCGCUUCGGAAUCCACAUGAUGUAGGAGCGCAUGCGCAAUGAUUACAGGAACAGGAUCGACAGGUGAUAGAACAAUAAACCACUUUUUUGUGAGUGGGAAGCCCACUAAUCCUGUUUCUCUCGAAGAGCACCCCCUUAAAAACAUUUGUUUUUCUGGUCGACUAUCUGACCGACGGGUAUACCACGAAGGCUUUGUUCACGAAAUGUACUUACGUGAAUCAAUGAUAGCAACAUCAUAAGUACUUACUUCAAUGGGCCACAUCUCGUAGGCCACAGAGCAGUCCUGACAAUGAAAAUCCAAAAGUACGAGCUCGAUCAUGUUCAUGUUAGUACUUGCCUACAAACAAAGAGCUUUGUUGUUGCAUUCUUCCGG